GGCGGCUCGGUGACGCGUCCCCCGGUGACCAAUCCGGUCCGUCGGUGUGUUUCUAUGAGCGGCUAACAAUAGCCGCAACUUUACGGAGGAACCGAGCAGGAGGCGACGGAGCAGCAGGCGGAGCCGACGGGAGCAACUCUGCACCGAAUACAUGAGACGGAGGCUCCCGGUGGCGGACAACCGGCUGGAUUCACGUUCGGAACCGGACCAGGCUGCAGCUAAAACAACUGUGACUGAGUUUCUGUUGGAGGAGUGACGACGACACGACGUUAACAGGAGCGGCCGGCUGCAGCCUAUCUGAAGAUGUCUGAUAAUGGGGAGGUCGAGGACAAACCUCCGGCUCCGCCCAUGAGGAACACCAGCACCAUGAUUGGCUCCUGCAACAAAGACCCCGCCCCCCUGAACCACGGCUCUAAGCCCCUCCCACCGAACCCGGAGGACAAGAAGAAGAAGGACCGGUCGAUCCGCUUCAUCCUGACGGGAGGAGGAGACAAGACCUACAAGAAGAAGGAGCGUCCAGAGAUUUCUCUGCCGUCUGACUUUGAACACACCAUCCAUGUGGGCUUCGACGCCGUCACCGGAGAGUUUACUGGGAUGCCGGAGCAGUGGGCUCGACUCCUGCAGACAUCCAACAUCACCAAACUGGAGCAGAAGAAGAAUCCUCAGGCUGUCCUCGACGUCUUGAAGUUCUACGACUCGAAGGAAACGGCCAACAGCCAGAAAUACAUGAGCUUCACAGAUAAAAAUGCUGAUGCCUUCAGCUCCUCCAUCACGACGAGCUCCAAGGCCGUGUCGGAGACGCCCGCCAUAGCAACAGUAUCCGAGGACGAGGACGAAGACGAGGCCGAGCCGCCGCCGGUGAUCGCCCCCCGACCUGAACACACCAAAUCAAUCUACACUCGCUCCGUCAUCGAGCCCCUCCCUCCUCCUCCCACCAAAGAUGCCGCCACCUCCCCCAUUGCCGUGCCGACCGCCGCCGUAAGCCCCGCCCCCCCGGCGGGCGGAGCCCCCAGCAGCCCCCCCAGUGCAAGCCCCGCCCCCGGGCCCUCUCUGCCCCGCCCACAGGACAAAUCCAGGAAGAAGAAGAUGUCGGACGAAGAGAUUCUGGAGAAACUACGGACGAUCGUUAGUGUCGGAGAUCCCAAGAAGAAAUAUACUCGCUUUGAGAAGAUCGGACAGGGGGCAUCUGGAACCGUUUAUACAGCGAUCGACGUCGCUACAGGACAAGAGGUUGCCAUAAAACAGAUGAACCUGCAGCAGCAGCCCAAGAAAGAACUGAUCAUCAAUGAGAUCCUGGUGAUGAGGGAAAACAAGAACCCCAACAUAGUCAACUACCUGGACAGUUACCUGGUGGGGGAUGAGCUCUGGGUGGUGAUGGAGUAUCUGGCUGGAGGCUCUCUGACUGACGUCGUCACGGAAACCUGCAUGGAUGAAGCUCAGAUCGCUGCCGUCUGCAGAGAGUGUCUGCAGGCGCUGGAGUUCCUCCACUCCAACCAGGUCAUCCAUCGAGACAUCAAGAGCGACAACAUCCUGCUGGGGAUGGACGGAUCCGUCAAACUCACUGACUUCGGGUUCUGCGCCCAGAUCACUCCAGAGCAGAGCAAACGCAGCACCAUGGUGGGGACUCCGUACUGGAUGGCUCCGGAGGUCGUGACCCGGAAGGCGUACGGACCCAAAGUGGACAUCUGGUCUCUGGGCAUCAUGGCCAUCGAGAUGGUGGAAGGAGAACCACCGUACCUGAACGAAAACCCACUCAGGGCUCUGUAUCUCAUAGCAACCAACGGGACGCCGGAGCUGCAGAACCCAGAAAAACUGUCGACGAUAUUCAGAGACUUCCUGAACCGCUGCCUGGAGAUGGACGUGGAGAAGAGAGGAUCAGCGAAGGAGUUACUGCAGCAUCAGUUUCUGAAGAUGGCGAAGCCUCUGUCCAGUCUGACUCCUCUGAUUCUGGCCGCCAAAGAGGCAGCAAAGAACAACCGCUAGCGAACCUUCAGUCCUUCAGUCCUUCCUCCUCCUCCUCCUCCUCCUUCCUCCAUCUGUCCUUCAGUCCCUCCUCUUCUUCUUCUUCUUGUGUUUUGUAACUCGCUGCGAUGCCUCUUUUACCCCCCUGACCUCUGACGUCUGACCUUAUUGCCCCACCUGAAGGACAGUUUUCCUCCUGAAGCUUCUUCUUCGAUUCCCCACCAGACAGGAAGUUGGGGUGAGCGUCUCCUUGACUCGGACAGGAAGUCAGGAAGUCCCUCACCCCGACAGGAAGUCGAGGUGAGUGAUGUCAUCAGCUGAUCUGCGAUCCAGUGAUGUCACUGCUGACAUCACUCAAACCCGGUGUGAGGAGGGUGGGGUGGGCGGGGGUGGCAGUUGAGUCUCACCAGAGCCCAAAGACUCAUGGGAGUUUGAGUUUUUGUUUUUGUUUUGUUUUUUUUUAAUCAAUGUGGGUUUGGUUUUUUUGUAAACGCCCUGAAACACAGCAACCAAUCAGCAUCCUUUCAGUGUGUGUGUGUGUGUGUGUGUGUGUGUGUGUGUGUGUGUGUGUGUGUGUGGGGGGGUGUGUGUGUGUGUGUGUAUUGUUCGUGUUUUAUCAAGUUCAAAAAGUGCAUUUGUUCAUUUUGAUUUUCGUUUUAUUACAUUUUUUUUAAAAUCUACAUUCUGGUUGUGUGUCUAGUUGUGUGUGUAUCUGGUUGUAUGUCUGGUUGUGUGUCUGUCUUGUUGUGUGUCUUGUUGUGUGUCUGGUUGUGUGUCUGGUUGUGUGUGUGACAGGGGAUGUUGUGGCAUUGAUUACGUUGAUUGUAGCGUUUCCUUCUGUAGUUUUGGACGCAGCAGCUGGAGUUUGGUUCUUAGUGUUUGCUGUAUGAGCUGUGAGUUCGAGGAUAUGAACAUUAACACUGGAGCUCAGAGCCACCGAUGGACCCAAGUUUGGGCACGAAGGCAAAAAAAAACACUUUUUCUUUUUCUCUCCAGGUUUCUACUUCCUGUAGGGUUUGUCUUAAAGUAAAUAAAUCAUAGAUGCUGAUAUUGGAGCAGCGUUUCCCUCGAUAAUCAAACCUGCAGGGCUCAGAAUCAGACUCAGGCUGCAGGAUUUUGCUGGUUAAACUUUCAUAAUGCUGGAAGAGUAAAAUAAUAUAUCUGAGAAGAAAACAGAGAAGCUGUUCCCUUAUUAGAGAUUAAUAUUACGUCUGCAACGUAGCAUUGUGCUUCUGUAACUGUGAAAAAUGAUGCAAUGCCUACAUGACCCACGAUGCAACUCGAGGCUUAUUUCAUUUUGAAACUUGUAGUCUUGAAGGCUGCAGCUAAAGAUUAUUUUUGUCAUCAGUUAUUAUCUUGGUUCCUCGAUAUUGUUCUAUAAAAUGUCAGAAAAUGGUGAAAAAUGGUGAAAAAUUGUUAAAAAUGUUUGCUGAAGUCCAACAUGACGUCCUCAAAUGCAUCAAAUGUUCAGUUUACUGUCAGAGAGGAACAAAGAAACCAGAAAUACUCACAUUUUACAAGCUGGAAAAAGAGAAACUUAACCUUUUUCUCUACAAAAAUGACUCAGUGAGUCAAAAUGUAACCAAAUGGAAACAGUUGGUGAUUAUUUUAAAACUGUCGCAGCUCCAGUUGUCUUCAGAUCCAAGGAAUGCUGAUUUAAGUAGCAUCACUUGAGGAAAUCUGAUGGAUUUUUAAAGACUUUUUCAGUUAAACUAUUCUGUACCUGGAUGGUGUCUCAUAGAGGAGAAUUCUGCAGUUCUACUGAGUCUUUCAGCCUCUUCAAACUCAGUUUUACGUUUUCUGUAAGGUAGAAACUCACUUCAACAGCUACUGAAGAAUAAAACCAGCCAGUUAGCGGCUGUCUGUAGAUGGUCUGACAUGAGUUGCAGAAACGACGGCGACUUCUUUGAUAUCAGUUAGUUUGAAGUCGACUUCAAGUAAAAGUUCUUUAAAAUAAAUCAGAUCUACUAGACUGCAUGAGGUUGGAUGAGUCCAAAGUUGUGCAAAAACAGGGGUGUUCACUGGUGUGUUCCUCCUGUUGGUAAAAAUAAUGGAUUAAUCCAAGAAGUGUGUUGAUGUAGAACUUUUCUCCUUAUUACAGUAACACCAGAGGUUGUCCAACCAAUGAGAACUUGGUUCUCCAGCAACUAAUCAAUGAGUUGACUUGAAGACUGCAGCAGAAAGUUGAACUUUUAGCAGCAUCUGAUGUUCUAGACAACUUUAACUGGCCUGUUAUGUGAUUAAAGCCUCAUAAAAUAGUCCUGAUAACUAAAUAUUUGUGGUUCUUCAUCCUUCUGGGUCCAUGUGUGGUUCUGGAGCUUCGUCUUUGGGUUCGUUCUGAGGCUGGAGGGAGAAUGUUGGACGUCGGCAGCCGUUUUUUUAUGGUACGUCUAGAGAAAAAAGAAACUAGUCUGUGAGUUGUGAUGAUUCGUGAAGGAUGCUUGGAGAGAUAAAGAUCUUAAUCCUAUUUUCAGAAGAAUGACACAAAUAGAUGCUACGAUGGUACGAUGAUGCUGGUUUGUUGUUUUCCUGCCUGGAGGUGAAUCUUUAAAAAAAGACGACUAGAAUCUGUUUCAGCUCCUGUUUACACGUUUUAUACAUGAGUUCACUGCUUGUUUCUGGUUUGGAUGUAGAGAUUUGAGUAUUUGUUUUGGAACAAAGUUUAUUCUUCUCAGCAAAAAAAAUAAAAACUGAAGGGUCUGAAUUCUGCUCCAGAGCAUCAGAUUAAUAAUAAAACCCUCCUGCAAUGUAAAUAUUCAAACAUUUCCAGAACAUUUACUCAAAACCGUCCCUUUGAUUUCUGCUUUUAGUUGUUUUUUUUAUUAUUAUUUUUAUGUGACGUUGAUGUACCUCUGGCCUUAAACUGUUUUAAAGGUGCAAGACUUUGUUUGUAUCAGUGUGAUGUUAAAGACACCCAGCAGCAUUCACAGCUAAAGGCAGAAAUUAUUGAUUAUUAUCUGUUUGUGAAUUGAUUAAUCAGUCAAAAAGCAGAAGAAAUGUGUUCUGCAAAGUGCUUAAAAUGUCGGUUUAUGGAGAAAUAAAACACCAGAAACAAACCGAAUGAAUGAUUAAUCGAUUAUCAAACAUCUGCAGCAGGAAGAGGAAUCUGCUAGUUUAGUAAAAUCACGUUUCUGAUCUUUAUGCCGCCACAGAUUUAGACUCUGGAUGUAAAAAGAGCUGAAGUGUCUGCAGAAAACGGAAAGUCAUAAAUAUGUAAAAUCUGCCUGGAAGUGCUGCUGCGUUUGUGUUUCCUGGUCUGAAUCCCGACUCAAAGCUGGAAUUAAAGUGGUUUUUAUUUUUCAUUUGAGUUUCUCUGGUGACAGAUAUGCCAAAAAGACGCCGCUCCGUGUGCAGGUUUAAAAAAAACACAAUUCUGGAGCAGUUUGUUGAUGAAAAAACACAAAAUCUGUACUUUAAAUGAUCAAAUUUCUGACUUUGUGACAAUGAAAAUGUUCUUCCACUGAGAUCUGUGCUGAUCUGAUUCAUUAAACCUGCUGCAGUUUCCAGAUUAGAUGAAUUUAGCAGCAUUAUUUCUACAUCAGGGACAUAAACUCCACCCGGCUGGCACUGCGAGGACAUUAAAACAAGCAGACCCUGAUAGAUGAUUUUUGUGUUUUUCAGUCUUUAAAGAACGAAGGUGAGAGAAUAAAGUGGUUGAUAAUUACUGGAUGCGGCGUUUUAAAAACUAAUUUUCAGAACCUGUGACCUGCUGUGCUUCAAAGUGGAACAAAAACAACACAACUUAGUUUCAGGUGUUUUAUGUCGACAGGAUUCUUCAUUUAGAAGCUGAGAAUGAGCUUCAAUUUGAUUAAAAAAAAAAAAAAAAAGCUAUUUUCCUGCAUUAAGUGGCCGUCAAGCAGCUCAGAGGGGGAUUCAGACUUGGUACAGUCCAAGUUUUACUGUAAAUGGUACAGUCCGAUGUUUGCUGUUUCUGAGGUCAAAUGAAGUCUUCAUCCACUCAGUGCUUCAGAGCCAUAAUUUAUCAGUUUAUAAGUCAUUUUGAUUUUUGAAACAACUCCAAAAAAGAAAAAAAAUAAAACUACAAAAACUGAAAACCAGGUGUGUGUGAGUUUUUUAUUUUUCUGCUUUAAUUUGGACUCAUCUUUUGUUUGUUGGAAGGAAAUAUACAGUUUUGUUGGUCAAUUUAUUUUGGCUUUUUGGACAAGAAUUUACAGAAAAAAAGAUCUUUUCAUGUCAAAGUGAAAACAGAUUUCUACAAAGUACUGGUAGUUAAAAAAAAAUCUAAAAGUAUUUUUGGUAAAUUCUUGCCCAAAAAGCUCAUUUUAAUGGACCAUGAUAUAAUGUUGAAAAACUGUAAAAGGAGAAAACUUCCCAGAGGAUGAAUUCUUUUUAUACUGUUAUUAAGAACUCAACCAACUUGUUGUAUUUUGUUGCUCAAUAAAAGUAAAAGGCUUUCAAAAAGCGGAAAAAUGUCAUUUUAGCUGAUUUAAAAUCAGUUUAAUGGCUUAAUUUUAUUCUUACAUGCUGUAAAAAGAACUAAUUGCUAUUUGUAAAUACAGAAUUUUAGUGUGGGAUGUUUUUUGUAGAGUCAACAUGCAAAUUAAUACUCAUUUCUGUGGUUUUUAUAAUUAUCUGAAAUUAAACAAAACAGGGAAAUAUGUAAAAUAAAGUACAAAUGAUUUUCCAUUUUUCUAUCCUUAAUAUACAUUUUUUGUCAGAUAAUGAUAAAAAUAUAUGUAAAAUACUAUUUUAUUUUUGUAGAUUUAAAUAUUGAAAAUAAUAUAAAAAUAGUGUAAAUGUUCUACUUAUGUGUUGCAUUGAGUGAUUGAAUUAUUUUAUUUAUUUGUUUAUUUAUUAGAGUUUAGCCUGGUUUGUGAAAUAAAUUUUUAAAAAAAUGAAAUGACUAAUUAUCUAUUUAUUUGUUUAUUGAUUAUAAAUACUGUUAAGAACUGCUUCAAGUUUUUAUUUAAACAUAAAUAAAUCCAGUGUACUGGUUGUUUGUCUGGCCCAUAUAACACACUACUUCUGCUACACUUUAUUUUUAUUUUGUGUUUUGUGCUUGUAUGAAAACAAACAUGUUAUUUUUUCAGUUUUUUUCUGUAAACUUUUAAUAGUUCUAACAGUCUUUGAAUAAAUGUCCAUAAUUCUGCUUUAUGCUCCUCUAAACUCCCAAAUUUCUCUCAGAAUCAUCAUAUUUUUAGGUUUUCUUCAGUUUUAAAGUCAUCCACUGACAGUUUGUUGUAUAUUUAUUGGUUAAGCCCAAUCAGAAGCUGCUAAUAUCUGUUUUUUUUUAUAUUUUAAUGGAGUCAUUUUGCAAAAUGUGAAGAAACAGAGGUUGAAAAGUUUCCCUCAGGUUGUGGCUCAGAGUCUAAAUGUUAAAACUCCAGUUUUCAGGAUGCAGACUGGAUUCUCAGCGUUGAAUAAUCUGUUAAAUAAUCAGGAUUUUGUAUUUAUAGCCUGAUUUCCAAACGCUCUAAAGCCUCUCAGUAAGUCAAUUAUGUAAACUGCGGUUCUUGGUCUUGGUCUGGGCAGAAAUGAGCUUAAAUCCAUGUCCGCCUGCAGCCUCCCUCCUGCUGAGGAAUUACAUCCCACCUUCUCCUUUAAUUAAAAGCCAUAAUUACUGUUUGCCUUUCAUCUGAGCGGCUUUCUGGCAGAACGAGGCUCUUUUUGUGGCGUGAAUCAGCGCUGAGCCCCCAGUGGUCCCUGCUGUUGCAUAAUGUGGAAGUUUGAUGAAAGCUUCAGUGAACUGAGCAGAGGAACGUGACGCAGCUUCUCCUCCUCUGAGACCAGGAAGUUCCAUGUGACCAGGCUGCUUUCACUUUGUUUUGUCAUGUGAGUGAUAAAGUUACCUCGUCUUUGGUUUCAAGUCUUCAGUGUAAAAUUUCUGCUGAUUUACUGGUUUCAGGUUUUAUACAGACUAAUAUUAGGACUGGAGCUUGGAGCAUCGUCUUUUAUGUACACUAGCAGUCAGAAGUUUGGACACACCUUCUCAUUUAAUGGUUCUUUAUUUUCAUUGUAGAUUCUCACUGAAGGCAUCAAAACUAUGAAUGAACACAGAUGGAAUUAUUUAGUAAACAAAAAAGUGUGAAAUGAAUCAAACCAUGUUUUAGAUUUUAGAUUCUUUGAUUCCUGCUUUGCACACUCUUGCAUUCUCUGGAUGAGCUUCAUGAGGUAGAACCUGAAGUGGUUCUCCAACAGUCUUGAAGGAGUUCCAGAGAUGUUGAGCACUUGUUGGUCCUUUUGCCUUCACUCUGUGGUCCAUCUCAUCCCAAAACAUCUGGACUGGGUUUAGGUCAGGUGAGUGUGGAGGCCAGGUGGAACCAAAGAUCUCAGAUUUAGAGUCAUCAGACCAAAGCACGGACUUCCACUGGUCUAAUGUCUAUUCCUGGUGUUUCUGGGCCCAAACUAAUCUCUUCUGCUUGUUGCUUUUCCUUAGUAGUGGUUUCUUAGCAGCAGUUUGACCAUAAAGGCCUGAUUGGUUCAGUCUCCUCUGAACAGUUGAUGUAGAGAUGUGUCUGCUACUAGAACUCUGUGUGGCAUUUAUCUGGGCUGUAAUCUGAGCUGCUGUGAACUUGCCAUUUCUGAGGCUGGAGACUCGGAUGAACUUCUCCUCAGCAGCAGAGGAGACUCUUGGUCUUCCUUUCCCUGAGGAGGUCCUCAUGUGAACCAGUUUGGUCGUAGCACUGGAUGGUUUUUGAGACUGCAUUUGAGCAUACAUUUAAAGUCCUGGUAGGUUCCUGGUAGUUCCUAGAUGGUUCCUUGUAGAUUCCUGGGUAGUUCCUAGAUAUUUCCUGGGUAGUUCCUAGAUGAGUCUUGGUAGGUUACUGGGUAGUUCCUGGAUGGUUCCUGGUAGGUUCCUGGGUAGUUCCUGGAUAGUUUCUAGAUGGUUCUUUGUAGGUUCCUGUGUAGUUCCUAGAUGGUUCCUGCGUAGUUCCUAGAUGGUUGCUGGUAGGUUCCUGGGUAGCUCCUAGAUGAUUCUUUGUAGGUUCCUGGGUAGUUCCUACAUGGUUCUUCGUAGGUUCCUGGGUAAUUCCUGGAUAGUUCCUAGAUGGUUCUUUGUAGGUUCCUGGGUAGUUCCUAGAUGGUUCUUUGUAGGUUCCUGGGUAGUUCCAAGAUGGUUCCUUGAGAAUACAUUCAAAGUUCUUGAAAUUUUCCACACUGACUGACCUUCAGUUCUUACAGUAAUGAUGGACUGUCGUUUCUCUUUAGCUGAUUGGUUCUUGCCAUAAUAUGGAUUGUAACAGUUGUCAAAUAGGGCUGUCAGCUGUGGACCAACCUGACUUCUGCACAACACAACUGAUGGUCCCAAUCCUAUUAAGAAGGAAGAAAUUCCACAAAUUAACCUUAACGAGGCACACCUGUGAAGUGAAAACCGUUUCAGGUUCUACCUCAUGGAGCUCAUCCAGAGAAUAACAAGAGUGAGCAAAGCAGGAAUCAAAGCAAAGGGUGGCUACUUUGAAGAAUCUAAAAUAUAAAACAUGUUUUGACUGAUUUCACACUUUUUUGUUUACUGCAUAAUUCCAGAUGUGUUCAUUCAUAGUGUUGAUGCCUUCAGUGAGAAUCUACAAUGUAAAUAGUCAUGAAAAUAAAGAAAAAACAUUAAAUGAAAAGGUGAGUCCAAACUUUUGACUGGUAUUGUAUGUUUGAGUUUUUCUAACCUUAACUCUGUUUUGUUGUGUUUAUGUUGUUGUUUAUAUUAUAUUUGACAGUUUCAUGGUGUGUUUGGUGUCAUUUAUAAGCUACACGAAGCAUCAUGAGUGACAGAAACAGUCAACAUUUGCACCUGGAGGCUGCAGUGAUUCAGACCUUCAGGGUUUUAUACAUAACAAACACAUAAAACCAGUUCAGUUAGUUCUGCUUUGGGAUCAGUUUACAGUUGGAACAUGUAUGGCUGUUUCUGAUCAGGCCAACAAAACUUGAUCAGGACAUCCCUACUCUGAAAAAAAAUAAAAAACAGAAAGAAACAAGUGGAAAACUGUGAAUAUCAGGCAGCAAACAUCCAGAAAAACACACUGGAAUACUGUAAUGUACAAAAACUGUUAAAAAAAAAAAAAAAAAAAAAAGCAGACACGACGACAAAUAUCUGUAAAAUUAUAUUUCUAACUGAUUCAAAUGCAGUUUUACUGUCUGUAUAUAUCAUUAUUAUUAUUAUUAUUAUUAUUAUUAUUAUUGCUAUUAUUGUCAUUGUUAUUAUUAUUAUAUCUAGAAUCUGUUUUUUCUCAGAGGAAACUGUGAUUCAUAAUGAGAGACGACAGCGAAGCUUAGAAACAGGAGGAGGUGAUUGAUGACCGUGUUGUCUACUGUAUGAGUGUGUGUGUGUGUGUGUGUGUGUGUGUGUGUGUGUGUGUGUGUGUGUGUGUUGCAGUACUUGCUGUUACAUAACAUCCUCCACUGCAGACUCUUCAUUCACACUCAGCUCUGAUGGAGUUUCCAGACUUCUGAGGACUCUCCGUCUGUUUACUUCAUUUAUUUAGAACUCAUUCUAGCCUCAGAAUAAAUCUUCAUGUUAAAAUAUGAUUUAUGUCAGGGAGGGAUUUGGUUUUUGUGCAUAAACUUAGACUUAGACUUAAAUGACUUUAUUAAUCCCCGUUGUUAGAGCAGCUGGAUGUUCAAUAAAGAGGUAAACAAUAAGACAACAAUGAAUAUUAUGGUAUAAAGUGAAGGUAAAAUAAAAUAAUAUAAAAUAAA